AUGGGCGAGCAUAAUCUUCUUAAUCCCGGGUUUGUGGGACCGUUGGUAAACAUCCACACGGGAGACACUUUCUAUUUCCCUAAUUUCAGAGCAUCUGGGGGCCAGCUGGCGGGUCUACCGUCUCUCUCGUACCCUAGAAGGGACAACGUUUGCUCCCUCCCGUGGAACCCCUCGGAGCCGUGCAAUGGAUACCCUCAGUCUUACCUUAGCAGUCCCAUGUCCAUUAACCCUUCAACAUUCAACCGCGCCUGCGACAUAGCCCGGCCGGAGGAAGGCAAAUGUUACUACAGUAACGGCGGCGGCAGCCGGGAAACCUGCUCGGACAGCGCGAGCCUCAAGAGGGAGGAGCGGGCGCGGGACAGUUCUUCCAUCGCUGCCGAGCACGGGUUGCAUAACGGGAUGGGCAGCGGCGGCACCUUCUCCAAAUAUGACUACGGUGCCGAACCGAUGACCCAGGACCCGCCGUCCUGUCAGUCCCUCGAAUCCGACUCCAGCUCCUCGCUGCUCAACGAAGGCGGAAAGACCCCCGCGCGCGACCCCCAGACACUGGCAUCGCCGGGCAACCACUCCAGCAGCAUGGCCGCGAGCGGCGGCGCGCCCUGGUACCCGCUGCACACCCGGACGCGGAAGAAACGCAAGCCUUACUCCAAGCUGCAGCUGGCCGAGCUGGAGGGCGAGUUCAUGCUGAACGAGUUCAUCACCCGGCAGCGACGCCGGGAGCUGUCGGACCGGCUCAACCUCAGCGACCAGCAGGUGAAGAUCUGGUUUCAGAACCGGAGGAUGAAGAAGAAAAGACUCUUGCUGAGAGAACAGGCUCUGUCCUUCUUUUAAAAAAAUAAAAAAUAAAAGAGGCAUAACAGCGAAGAAACUACCGGUUAACAGUAUACAGUCUAACGACGUACGCUGGUAAUUGAUCUAUUUCAAUUUUUAUUUUUUUUAAGGCAUGUACUCGUUCUCUUCUCCAACCUCCUUAAAAAUGCCAGCAUGAAUGACAUAAAUACCACUGGGUUCUUAAAAGUAGCACAUACCCAAGAAAGCAAAUGACCAAAUACCAAUAAAGAUAAUAGUUUAAUAUUUUAUAUAAUGUUGUUUUGUUUCUCGGGGGCAGUCGACGUGAGAAAGUUCGGUUUGUGACAGUCUUUUCCAGUCCUCACAACACAGAAAACGCCGAACAAUCGCUUACUGGACAAAAACGUUUCAGCUCUCGGAACAGAGUAACGGAGCGCGAUUGUCCACCAAUCGUUCAACUGCUAUUUAGCUUUGACCUCACGAUUUGAAGACAUCUUUAAUGCUGCAAUGGUCUUCGAACUUGAAUACAAAUGUUUGUCUGUAAUUAUUCUUGUUGUAUAUUAUCUGAUAAAUCGGUAUGUAGAAGGUUUUUUUUGUCUUAUUCAGGCGAAUGACAGAAGUCAUCUGAAAUGGACAGAAAGUGAUCUUCUUUUCUCUCGUUGCUGCUGCAAUCGUCAGUCUUUAUCAAUAGUUUAGAAUCUGCCUGUCACGUCGCAUGACUUGUAGCGUGCAACCAGUAGCACUGGUCACAAAUGAACUUCCGCCAGUAAUGAAUAUAAGCUAGAGGAUGCUGAAAGGUGCCAAAAUACAAAACAACUUUGAAAUAACUGAAUUUGAAAUAAUCGAAAGUCCUGGACAAUAAUUCGCCUUUUACUCUGAGACGCAACCCUGAAUGUUUACCGUGUAACUGAAUGUAUGGCAUUCAGUCCCUUUGGUUCUUAAGUCAAAUGAACAAUGCAGUUAAAAAAAAAAGCUGAAAGCUAUUUCAUUUGGAUAGUUUUUGAGGGCAUUAUGUAAUUAGAAGUCUCCAUAAUGAAACCAAGACAAUCACAUUAAUUUGAGGGCGAGCUCGGGAUAAAACUGCGAAUUUCGUGCUUUUUCAUGCAGAUUUAGUUGCCUUUAGAGGACCGGUAGUCUCCGUGCGCUUUCCGGCACGUGCUCCACCGGACUGUCCAGAUCUCGGACACACUCGCCUAGUCUGCUCCGCGGACGGUACGAGACCACUGAAGUCUCCUUGCUGUCGGCUGGUUUCAUUUUUUUAAUUUUUUUUUUAGAUUCUGUUCGUCUUCUCACUCUGUUUUCUGCCCGAAACUAAAGAUCUCAAAAGAUCUUUAAGAAAAUCGUAAUGUGCAGUCAAGGAUUCAUUGAUCAUUCGACUUUUGCGUACAAAUAAUAUUUCUCUGCAAUUAUAAUCUUGGAUUAGUUUCUUUUUUUUUUUGGCCAUAAAGAUAAAAGAUACAGAUGAACAUCUCAUUUGUCUCGCGAGGCGAGUCAGUAAUAAGGCGGGAACGAGCCGACUGGGAGCGAAACGGUUAGACAGAAAACGCAUCCCGGCAGCCCACGAGUUCCGAGAAUACGUUUAGAUAUCCGCGCAAAACAGAGAUGUGAAAAUAGACGGUUGUUUUCCAGAAGAAGGGAUUCGACUCUAAGACAAGCAAGGGGGGGGGGAAUAAGUGGAAAAGCAAGAGGGCAGUUACAGAGUACGUCCGGACCGCAAUACAGAAAUAAAGAGCGAUCAAACGUCCGCCGAUAGUUCUUAAAAACCCGCAGAACAGAACACGGUUCUGCGAGGGCAGUAUGACCUCGGCAUCCGCUUGCUUUGUAAAGUUCUGUCCAGAAUGAUUGUAGGUUUGACUUGGAAUGACGCUGGUGGAGUGUGCACGUCGCGAGGCUAAAGGCUGUCACAACACCGACUCCUCUCCGCGUCCUUCUCGGAGCGCGUCCACGCGGGCGCGCAGGUAGUCGUUGUUUUGAUCCGAGGUACGUUUCUUUUUUAUCUAUCCUGUGGCAUUGGAACUCGCCAAAUCCUGUCUGUUGGAAAUGAAAUAAUAAGAAGGAAGCUACCUUUUUAUUCGAGAAGGUUGUUUUUUAUUUUAUUUUUACUUUGUGGAAAUCUUGUCUUCCGAGAGGAACAAGAGUGACUGAACCAUUUUAAACACUUUUUUCCUUUCAAUUCAAGAAUGGAAUUAAGUUGUCGUUCGGAAUUUCCUGGGACUAUGAUAUAUGCAAAAUCCUUUUGAUGGACCUGCUUACACAGAAGUGGUGGUGCUGCUUACAAAAUGUUUUUUUUGUUGGUGUUGUUCUUGUUCUUGUUCAAUGUGUGGAGGAAUCCAGUUUUUCAGUCUCGUGUAAUCUAUUGUCCAAAUAAGUAAUUACAAUAAUGAUGAAUACUGCAUCUUCGAUUAUAAUGUCCCUUGUGUGAUAUACAUUGUUUUCUCACCUUUUAGUUCAAUAUUUCGUGAUGCAUCUAUUCUAUUUAUGUCGUCUCCAGAUGUAGCCAGUCUUCUAUGAAUAUCAUGCUAUAAGUAAAAUGAAUGUAUUAAUGUACGUGUAAGAUUUCUGAUGAUAAAUAA